AUGGCCGAGUCGAAUGUGCGUCCUAAUGGUUGUCCAAGACGACGAGGCCGACAGACAUACACCCGCUUCCAGACCCUAGAAUUAGAAAAAGAAUUUCAUUUCAAUCACUACCUAACCAGAAGGCGACGCAUCGAAAUCGCCCAUGCUCUGUGCCUAACGGAGCGACAGAUAAAGAUCUGGUUCCAGAACAGAAGGAUGAAACUUAAAAAGGAACUGAGAGCCGUCAAAGAAAUCAACGAACAAGCGAGAAGAGAACGCGAAGAACAAGAAAGACACAAACAGCAACAGCAAGAGAAGCAACAAAAGAUGGAUCAGAACAUCCACCAGCACCACCACGAUCCGAUGAAAAUGAACAUAGAAAAAUCGGGUAGCUCGGAUCUCCUCAAAGCAGUGUCGAAGGUUCCGACAUAA